UAGUAACAUACUAAUAUUACCGGGGCGCGGCAGCGACGGCCGUAUAAAACAAUAGCAUCGCACCAGUGGACAGAGCAUACGUCCGUGAGCCCUUUGCGCUCCACCAGCAUGGGUCUGAACGAUACGCCGUCGCCGUGCGGCGUAGCCUCUGCAUAAGGACUCCAAACCAGACACCUCGCCGCACACUGCCCGCACACGCGCGCGACGGCGCCCCCGCACAACUGACGAGCCGACGACGCACGCGACGACGACGCAACCAUGGGCGUCCCCGCCUUCUUCCGCUGGCUCGCGAACCGCUACCCGUGCGUGAUGUUGGACUUGCUCGAAGGGAAGGAACGAGGAGAAUUUGAUAGGAGCACGAACGCUUCAUUAGUCAAGGAGACGAGCGGCGACUUCGCGCGCUGGGUGCAAGUAGACAACCUGUUUAUAGACUGCAACGGCGUCGUGCACCCGUGCUGUCACCCGGAAAACGGCGCGCCGCAGCCUAAAAGUGAACGGGAGAUGCUCGACAACGUCGGCAAGUACUUGGAUCGACUCGUCGCCGCGGUGCGACCUACGAAGUUAGUCUACCUGGCUCUGGACGGCUGCGCGCCGCGCGCGAAGAUGAAUCAACAGCGCGAACGUAGAUUCUGUAGCGCGCGGGAAGCCGAGGAAAGUGAGCGGGCCCUGGGCUUGUUACUGAAGAGGCAGGGGCACAAACCGUCCACAAAACAACGGUGGGACCACAACGCGAUCACGCCCGGGACCCCGUUCAUGGAUUCACUGGCGUCGUAUUGUCGGACGUGGGCUGCAAAGGCGGUGGCGCGGCAGCCUUCUCUUAGAGUUAUUAUAAGUGACGCGUCGACGCCGGGCGAGGGCGAGCACAAGAUCAUGGACCACAUCCGGCGGUGCGGCGGCGAAGAGGAAAGGCACGCGGUGUGCGGUCCGCGACUCAGUGUUGUGAAUGGACUUGAACUUGAUCCGGUGGCGGCGAUGGCGUCCCACGUCGCAGCGACGCCGUCGGCGUGGUCGCGUGGUCGCGUGGUUGCGUCGAUGGCGUCUUCGCGAGACCACGCCGCCUCGGCGCCGUCGGCGCGGUCGCGAGAGCGUCGACGCGUUUCUGUGCCAUCUUGGCGUCGCGUCGACGCCGUCGAGGCGCGCGCCAGAGCGUGGGAGAGCAGGACAGGCACGCCAUCGUGCCGUCAGGGCGAGCGAGAGAGAGAGAGCACGCCAAGACGCCAGGGCGCGAGCACACGACAACAAAAAACAACGCAGGCCAGGACGCGGACCUCAUGUUCCUGUCGCUAGCCUUACAUGCGCCGCGAGUUUAUGUGUUGAGGGAACGAGUACAGACGGGUCGAAGCAAGUCCACGGGCCCGCCGCGACUCCAGUACUUAUCGGCCCAGAGGUUAAGACAUUGCUUAGUGAGGGACCCGGGCAUCAACGGCCUGUGCACGCAGCAACUAGAUCCGCGGAACAAACUAUCGAGGUUCGAGCGCGACGACGAGCGUUUACUGGAUGACUUCGUACUGCUCUGUUUUUUUGUGGGAAAUGAUUUCUUGCCGCAGUUACCGUGUCUCAGCAUACCGGACGGUGGUUUAGAUUUGUUGCUAGCGUUGUACUCGAGAGCUUUACCGCGAAGCUUGGGGGGCUACCUCACCGACGACGGCGGCGAGCGCGGCUACGCCUGCGGCGCCGGCCGGGUCCACGUGAAGCGCGUCGCCGCUCUACUAGCUGUCAUUGCGGACCUGGAACCGGAGAUUUUGAGGAGGCGCGCGCGGAGGGACGCGCAAAGUUCGUCCAAACCUCGAGAACGUUCAGAUGCGAAAAAAGACGCGCUGGUCGAGAUGGCGGCGCGCGCCUGCGGUAAAUUUGAUGCUCUCUCAUUGGAUGAUGAUGAGUUGCGAGAACCAUCACCACAGGAAGCGGCGUCGACGAAACACUUGGCGGAGCGAGCUAUACAGAAGCACGCGGAAAAGCUCUUGAAGGAAAGCGACUUGAAUGAUCCCUGUAUUGGGCAAAAAGGGUUCCGGGAGCGGUACUACCGGAAGGUGCUGAAGCACGGCCCGGUCAAGCGGGAAGGCGUUACUGAUCGCGAGUCGGCUAUCAGGGAUUUGUCAGUGGAGUAUUGGAGAGGUGUCAGGUUCGUGGCCGAAUAUUAUCACCGAGGUUGUGCUUCUUGGUCGUGGUGUUAUCCGUGGCACUACGCGCCUCUAGCGAGGGAUCUGGCUCGUGUAGCCUUGGAGCCUGGUGAAGGUCUUCGCAAGUGCUGCACGCGCUUUGAAAGAGGAGCACCCCUACCACCCUUGCAGCAGUUGAUGUGCGUGUUACCACCGGCGUCGGCGCAUUGCUGCCCGCGGGCCGCCCAGCGCCUGAUGACCGAUCAACACUCGCCGCUGGCCAAGUACUAUCCUCGGGACUUUCCGCUCGAUCCCAACGGCAAGCCCGCCAAUUUGAGAUGGUUGUGGGUCGCUCUCGUUCCUCCUAUUGAUGUUCAGGUGGUGGCGUCGACCUUUGCCUCACAAAUCCAACCUACUCUGACACCCGACGAGCGGCGGCGGAACAGAAAUGGCCCGGCCGAACUCGUUUGUGCCAUCCCGCCGAAUGCUGGUAGCAAUUGGGUGGCCCUGGCCGAGUCGGACCCGUUGCAAGGUUCGGUCCGACUGUUGGACCACGUGAGGGUGGCCUACCGACCGCCCGAAAUGGCGCCGAACGAACCGCCCUACCAAUUUGGUGGAGACGCCACCGAAGAUCUACUGGCCGACCCGCGACUCUACCAGAACCAGGGCCGGGCGCCGCGCCUGCCCAUCGGGGACGAAGCGUUUCGGAAGGCCAUGGCGGAUGUGGACGCCAUGAGCAGGAGAGGCGGCCGGCCGCCGGCCGUCCCGGUGCCGCACAAGGUCGUGCCCUGUCGCUACUUCCUGCAGGGGAAAUGUCAUAGAGGUGCGGCGUGCACCUUCAAGCACGUCCGGCCGGACGGCACCGAGGUCUGCGCGCCCGUGAAAACGGCGCCUCCACCUCCUGUGGUCAAGGUGCUCAAGAAGCCUCAACCGCCGCCGGCUGGUCCCUAGUCUCUCUCGUUUUAUGGAUAAUUUAGUUCAUGUUUCAAUCACGUUGUUACUUGGUGCUCUAAUUUAUAGACUCGGAUGAGGGAUAGGUUAGGAUUCGUCCGUCGGG